UCACAAAUGUGGCUAGUUAGAUUUAGACAUAACCUACGAGUGCUUUUAUUUUGAGCCCACACAUGUCAAAUAUCCGGUUUUAUCCUGGCUAUUACUUGCUCACUUGACGCCUCUGAACCUCAUCCAUAUGGUUCUAGAUUAGAUGUGGGAAAUAAGAAAUCUGUGCUGCUAGCUAACGUUUCACAGCUGUUGCCAGCGAGUGUAACGGCCGAAAAAGACGCGCGGUCCUCGGCUAAAGGAUAACAGAACUGUCGGUAGAUUCUAAACACUUUAAGGAGAAAGUUUACACUGAACGAUUACUGCUGGUAGCCUUUUCGGACGUUUUCCGAAAACAAUGCUCUCGUCUAAAUAGCUGUCGUGGAGGUCGAGGAUGGGCGCAGACGUGGAUAAAACAGUCCCCAAUGAUGAGAGCAAAAUUUCGCCGCAGAAUGGGCACCAGAGUCCGGGCUCUGGAUCCUGGAUCUCCAAGGGGCUCUGGACUCUGCUCAUAGUCGUUGCUGUCCCUCUUCUCGCUUUUGGGAUCAAGUAUUACCAAGAUGCCCAGCUCAUUAAACGUCAUGAAGAGAGUGUUCAAACCCUGGGUAUCGAGGGGCUUUUUCUCUUCUCCUCCUUAGACACCGACCAUGACCUUUAUCUCAGUCCGGAGGAGUUUAAACCUAUUGCUGAGAAACUCACAGGAAUUACACCCCCAGUGGAUUUUGAGGAGGAAGUGAGCCAUGACCCCAAUGGAGAGACUUUGACCUUGGAGGCCAAAAUGCAGCCUCUGCUGCUCGAGUCCAUGACAAAAAGCAAGGAUGGUUUCCUUGGGGUGUCGCAUAGCUCUCUGAGUGGGCUGCGCUCCUGGAAGAGUCCAGCAGUGCCAUCUUCCUCCUUCUCUGCCAGCCAGUUCAGGGUCUUCUUGCCCCCAAAGAACAAGGUCGAAGUGGGAGACACGUGGUGGGUGAUUCCUAGCGAGCUCAACAUCUUCACCGGGUACCUGCCCAACAAUCGUUACCACCCUCCCUCACCGAAGGGCAAAGAGGUUCUCAUCCACUCCUUGCUGAGUAUGUUCCACCCUCGGCCCUUCAUCAAAUCACGUUUUGCUCCUCAGGGCGCAGUCGCCUGCAUUCGAGCCAGCAACGACUUUUAUUAUGACAUCGUCUUCAGGAUUCAUGCAGAAUUCCAGCUCAACGACGUUCCAGACUUUCCCUUCUGGUUCACGCCGGGGCAGUUCACCGGCAACAUCCUUCUGUCUAAAGACGCAUCUCAUGUCCGCCACUUUCACCUCUACGUCCCCAGUGACCGGUCUCUGAAUGUGGACAUGGAGUGGCUAUAUGGGGCCAGUGAGAGCAGCAACAUGGAGGUGGACAUCGGAUACCUGCCACAGUUAGAGCUGCAGUCCACAGGCCCGUCCACUCCCUCCAUCAUCGUGGACGAGGAGGGCAACAUCAUUGACAGUCGAGAUGGCAGCACUGAGCCGAUCCAGUUCGUCUUUGAGGACAUCCACUGGACCUCAGAGAUCAGCUGGCAAGAUGCCGCUCGCCGCCUGGAUGUCACCCUCUACCCCUUCAAGAAGGUGUCCUACCUGCCUUUUUCAGAAGCCUUUGAGCGAGCUGAAGCAGAGAAUAAGCUGGUGCAUUCCAUUCUGCUUUGGGGAGCAUUAGACGACCAGUCCUGCUGAGGUUCGGGGCGAACUCUCCGGGAGACCGUCCUGGAAAGUUCGCCCGUCCUGGCCCUGCUCAACCAGAGCUUCAUAAGCAGCUGGUCUCUGGUCAGAGAGCUGGAGAACAUGCAGGCUGAUGAGCAGAACCCUGCGUUGAGUGAAAAGGCUCGAUUACACCUGGAGAAGUACAACUUCCCUGUGGAGAUGAUGGUGGCACUGCCCAAUGGAACUAUUGUCCAUCACAUCAAUGCCAACUUCUUCCUGGACCAGACGGCCAUGAAACCAGAGGAGGAAGGAGCAACUUUCAGCUUCUCUGGCGGGUUUGAGGACCCCUCCACAUCCACUUAUAUCAGCUUCCUCAAGGAGGGGUUGGAGAAAGCCAAGGAGUAUCUUGCAGAGUAAUUUGUGUGUGUGAAGGAAAUGAUUCAUUCCUCUGGGUAAUGAUCCAAGAUAAGGAAAACCCUCCAACAAUUAUGUAGAGAAGCUUUCUCAUCAGUGUUGGCAGCUGAAAAACGUUUUUUGCCUUCUGUCCUCUGUUACUAUUUAUUUGGGCGUCUCUCUUGGUCAGAAAGUUUUCUAUACAGUAUUUGUAUUGUGACAAACAGUCCAUAUAAAUGACCUACAGAGAAAUAUUGCUUCUCAAACCUAAUGCUACUGUCUAGUAGGCCUAUAGUAUAUUUUAAUGAGAUACAAAGGCCUUGCACACUGAGCAGGAAUAAAUAUGUAAACACAUUUCGAUCUGCUCUCUCUGCUCAUAGCUGCUGAUUAAUGUUGAUAUAAAAUUUAGACAGAGGCCAUUCCUAAGACAAAUCACAAGUGCAUCAUAAUGCACCAAAACAUCCUGUAUUUCUUCUUUUUAUAUCCUGGUGUUGCAUGUGCAAUAUUUAAUGAGUUUUCUGUGCUGCUGAGCGUACCCAGAGACGGGGCUGGUGCAGUUGUUGCCUUUUAGUUGUGCUUCAGCAGUUUGUGAAGACUUUGCCUGAAAGCUCUCUCUGGGCUGGGCGACGCCUGAUGUUAUUGCUGAGGCUGCUGGAGGGGAAUACCCUUCUCUGACUCAGGGGACAAAAAGCAGCAGGAAAAACAGAACUGGACAGUGGCACAUUAACGGAUUAAUUAACAGUUGUUUUCUUGUAUUUUGAGUUUGAAACCAAAUGUUGAAUAUCAAUGCAGAUUUUUCUGUUUCGAGGACGACGUGACCACACCAAAGAACUGUUUUUAAUAUGUACAGCGUGCAGCUAGAACAGCUGUUGAACAAAAAAAACAUCCAGUAGGUUGCUUCCCACAUCAUAUUUAUGUUAACUCAAUGGAACCAAAUGGGUAUGUGUUUGCAAAAUUCGAUUGCUGAACUGAGAGAUGGGUACUGUUGUUAUCCUCUUUUAGGCUCCAGUCAAAGUAAUGUAUUUGCUUGAGUCUUUAGCUAGACAAGAGGAAAUCUUUGAUGUUUGAAGAAAAAAAGAUGACAAUCUGGACCUACCAUUAACUAUUUUGUUUCACAAUAUGAAAUAAUUUUCACCUUUUCCAGUCGUCCAAAAAGAAAUGUUUCCUCUUCAGGUCCUAGAUUCUGUUUUUACUGUGAAACAGAGGAACACAGGGAUCAGGAAAACUAGUUUGAAAUAGUAACAGUGAAAUCUGAUAAAUGAGAAGAACAUUAAGUUGGAAUGUGACGUGUCGCAAGAUCAUACACAGUCCACUCUGAGUGAAACAUCUGACUGUUCGAAGCCUUUAGGGGGAAAACACUGUUAUUCUGUAACCUACCAGUGCCAUGUUUUUUCACAAAGGUAAAAUAAAAACGUUUUUUUACUAA